GUUUCCACUGGAAGAGUACAACACUCUCUUGUUCCUCGCAGAAAUAAAAGGUCGCUGCCAGACAUUGGCAUCGGACUUCUCGCAGGUGCAGCAUCCUGUCACUGUGGCCACUGCUAGCUUCAAGCUCGAGGAUUCAGAGAGGGUGAAACGACUGGCGAACAACUGGAACUCAAGGAGCUUUGGGGAAUCUUAAAUCAUACACGGAGUAGACAGCAAGCUAUUUGCAAAUCUGCUGCAACAAGGGAGACUGGGAAAUCAUUUACACGGCCAUAUUUUCCUAACCUGUGACAUAUGAGUGGUCCUCUGAGAAUUUGCGCUCGGAGUGUACGCUUGAGACCUGCUGCAGGACAAAAUGGAAAUCACGUGGUGUGGGAAGUGAAGAUAAUCAUCUGUCGAAACUUAUCCCUGACUACUACGUGGGCAGAAGCUGGAACGAGCACUUCAUCAAUGAGAUUUUGUGCGUGGCUUCGUCAAACCUUGAAGGCAGGGAUGCGGAACAACCGGCCAAGGGGCAGAAUGAAGGAAUAAUGGUUGAACGAUGGUUGUGACCUGCAUACAUCUCUCAUGUGAGCACUCUUCAGAAGAGAAGAAGGAAGAAGAGGGAUAAAUACUGUGUUUGACCACUAGAAACAUAGACACUGACUUGCGGGUGCACUGAGAGCACUCGGUGUCUCAUUAACAUCAAAGAAAUUAAAAUAAAAUUUAAAUACCUCAGCAAUCAUGUUUCGAAGUGUUUUAAAUGCUCCAGUGGGCUAAGAAUCAAAAAUAUUUUCUUAUCCUGAUGGAGUUUAGGAGUAGUUGAAACGCACCAGGUCCUUUGAUGCAAUUGUUUGAUAUUAAGAACCCCUUCUUCAAAAUCCCAGAGUUACCUGCGCUGCCCUGUGUUAAUCCACGACAGUUAAAGGCCUGGUGAGGCGCCAUCAUUUCCUGAUUAUCUCUCAACCGACAACAAACUCUGAAGUCCAGACAAUCCUGCUAACACGUUGAGAGACAAGGCAGUUAAUACUUGUACAUUUGUGUCCUUAAAAUAUUCAUUGCUUGUUGGAGUAAAGGCUUAAAAUUCCCUAAAGAUUUCAGAUAGUAAAGGGAAAUAAUACAUGCAAUACUCUCUGGAAAGCCUCGAGAAAAUAAAGAUAGUGUCCCUGAAGGCUCGUAAAUUAUAUCGCAAAAUAUGCAUGGUUAAAUAAAGCUUUACUGCUGAAUAAAUUAUAGUUUUAAUAGUAAUAAUAAAUAAAAGUAAAGCUUGUGCAAAGAGGGCGCACAACAAAUCCAGAGUAAGAGUCAUGGAGACCGACGCCAAUGAGGACUUUGGCACUGACCUUUUGAACCUCGAAGUGACCUCCAGCCCGUUGAGCUUUGAGGUCAAUGUCACGAACAGCACUAGUGACGCGUGGACCACGAUGUCCAUGACCAACAUCUCAGAGGUCAGGCAACUGGUGGCCCUGACCCAGGACAUCAAACGCUACUACAUAUGGGUCAUCCUUGCCUUUGGUUUCCCAGGCAACCUGGCCAGCCUUGUCGUCAUCCUUCGCAUGCGAUGUUUUGGGUCACCGGCGCUGUACGUGGCCACGCUGGCCGUCGUCGACAACCUCGCCCUCAUCGUCAAACUUCUCAUGCUACAUGUGCAGAAGGUGGUUUUUGGCACUCUGGGCUGCAAGUUCUUGAACUUUUUGGGUAACCACCUGGUGGUGUACGCCAACUGGAUCCUCAUCGCCUUGGCCAUCGAGCGAUUUGUAGCCGUGUGGGAGCCCCUGAGGAUCUCCAGGACAUGGACCCCGCACCACGCGGCCGUCAGUCUGUUUGUUGUCUGCCUGGUGGCUGCGGUGCUGACAUCCCCUCUUCUCGUCAUGGUUAUCUACAAACCCGAGACAAACAGCUGUUCUGUUGAGGAAGAAUAUCGGUCGGCGUUGGUCAUAUGGCAAUGGGUGCAGACGACAGCUUACAGCUUCGUGCCCUGCGUUCUGCUCAUCACCUUCAACCUUCUCAUCGCGCUGCUCAUCGGGAGGGCCCGUCGUCUGCAGCGCUCCCUCACCCCGCCCCUCAGGCACCACCGGCGCCACAGUCAGCGCCACAGUCUGGCCAGCGUGCAGCGCCAGGCCACCAUCAUGCUGGUGGUGACGUCAGUGGCGCUGGUGCUGACCACCACCCCGGUGUGCGUGUACCUGCUGGUGCAGCAGUGGUGGCGGCCCCUGGAGGGCACGGCCGAGGCUGACCUCAAACAUUUCGUCAAGAGCCUCGUCUACGUGGUGUGCGACGCCAACCACUCCGUCAACUUCUACUUGUACUUCGUCAGUGCUCGCAGUUUCCGGUCCCACGUGUACAAAAUGCUGCCGUGCACCUGCCUGCAAAGAAACAAAGUCCCUGGCAAGACCGACCAGCAUGGCGGCGCGAGGAUUUACUCCAGCGCUAAACUUCAGGCCAGCGACAAGGACAGAGACAAGGCGCUGGCACUGCUCUCCAGUCCCCGCUACUCCCCCUCCCUUGGCGACAGGAGCAACCAGAACAGAUAGUCCUAGAACUCACAGAGGGGUAGAACCUUGUCAAACGUUAUGCCUUAGCAGUGAAGAUUGUCUGUUUGUUUGUCUGUCUGUCUGUUGUUUGUCUGUUUGUCUGUCUCUCUGUCAUUUCCCUCCCUUUUGUCCAGCGAACCUGAUUAGAUGAAGAAGGUGUUUGUUUUCAAGACACCUAGUUCAGGUAGAGCUCUACUUUCUAAAAUUAUUUAUGUAGUGCAGAUGUUAAAUUGUUCUAUUUUUGUUGUUGAUUGUCUGAUCGAUUCAGCUUCAACUGUUGAUAAAGUAGCGAAACACG